UGCAGGGUCCGGGGAGAACGGAACGGAUAUAGUGAAUGGAGGUUCCGGGGAGAGCGGAUAUAGUGAAUGCAGGGUCGGGGGGAGAGCGGAUAUAGUGAAUGCAGGGUCCGGGGAGAGUGGAUAUAGUGAAUGCAGUGUGAUAUAGUGGGGGAGACCAGAUAUAGUGAAUGCAGGGUCCGGGGAGACCAGGAUAUAGUGAAUGCAGGGUCCGGGGAGAGAGCGGAUAUAGUGAAUGCGGGGUCCGGGGAGAGCGGAUAUAGUGAAUGCAGGGUCCGGGGAGACCAGAUAUAGUGAAUGCAGGGUCCGGGGAGACCAGAUAUAGUGAAUGCAGGGUUCCGGGGAGAGCGGAUAUAGUGAAUGCAGGGUCCGGGGAGACCAGAUAUAGUGAAUGCAGGGGUCCGGGGAGAGCGGAUAUAGUGAAUGCAGGGUCCGGGGAGACCAGAUAUAGUGAAUGCAGGGUCCGGGGAGAGACCGGAUAUAGUGAAUGCAGGGUCCGGGGAGAGCGGAUAUAGUGAAUGCAGGGUCCGGGGAGACCAGAUAUAGUGAAUGCAGGCCUAUUCACCUUCAUUCACUCGUCUGAAUGAGCCCUAGUAACAC